CGGGCGGGGCGCCCGGACAUUGACUGGGGCGAUUGGAGCGCUGUGUUCAGUCCCCGCAGACGCGGGGAGCGCGGGAGGCGGGGCGGGCGGCGCCGAGAAACAGCGGCUGCGGGCGGGCGGGCGGCGGGAGCGAGGGACGCUGAGCGGGCCGCCACCGCCUAGCAGCCCUCCAGCAGUCAGUACGUCCGUUCGUCUGUGCGUUCUCCGCGGGUCGCGGCGGGUCCGGCAGCCGAGCCCAUGCAGCCGCGCAGCGAGCGCCCGGCUGGCAGGACGCAAAGCCCGGAGCACGGCAGCCCGGGGCCCGGGCCGGAGGCGCCGCCGCCGCCGCCGCCGCCGCCGCAGCCGCCGGCCCCAGAGGCAGAGCGUGCACGUCCUCGGCAGGCCCGGCCCACAGCCCCAAUGGAGGGUGCAAUGCAGCUGCUGAGCCGUGAGGGCCACACUGUGUCCCACAACUCCAAACGGCACUACCACGACGCCUUCGUGGCCAUGAGCCGCAUGCGGCAGCGUGGCCUCCUGUGUGACAUCGUCCUGCACGUGGCAGCCAAGGAGAUCCGAGCGCACAAGGUGGUGCUGGCCUCCUGCAGCCCCUACUUCCACGCCAUGUUCACAAAUGAGAUGAGUGAGAGCCGCCAGACGCAUGUGACACUGCAUGACAUUGACCCUCAGGCCUUGGACCAGCUGGUGCAGUUUGCGUACACGGCUGAGAUUGUGGUGGGCGAAGGCAACGUGCAGACUCUGCUCCCAGCUGCCAGCCUCCUGCAGCUGAAUGGCGUCCGUGACGCCUGCUGCAAGUUCCUGCUGAGUCAGCUCGACCCCUCCAACUGUCUGGGCAUCCGGGGCUUUGCUGACACGCACUCAUGCAGUGACCUGCUCAAGGCAGCACACAGGUACGUGCUGCAGCACUUCGUGGAUGUGGCCAAGACUGAGGAGUUCAUGCUGUUGCCACUAAAGCAGGUGCUGGAACUGGUCUCUAGCGACAGCCUGAACGUGCCUUCAGAGGAGGAUGUCUACCGUGCCGUCCUGAGCUGGGUCAAACAUGACGUGGAUGCUCGGAGGCAGCACGUCCCAAGGAAGGGUCCAGCAUGUCUGAGGGGAUCUCUUCACUGGGGCCUGACACCUGACUGUGGCACCCCUGCACCCCAGCUCAUGAAGUGUGUGCGCCUGCCCCUGCUGAGCCGAGACUUCCUGCUGGGCCACGUGGAUGCCGAGAGCCUGGUGAGGCACCAUCCUGACUGCAAGGACCUGCUUAUUGAGGCCCUCAAAUUCCACCUGCUGCCCGAGCAGAGGGGUGUUCUGGGCACCAGCCGUACGCGGCCCCGGCGCUGUGAGGGCGCCGGCCCUGUGCUCUUCGCUGUGGGUGGUGGGAGCCUGUUUGCCAUCCAUGGGGACUGUGAAGCAUAUGACACACGCACUGACCGCUGGCACGUGGUGGCCUCCAUGUCUACGCGCCGGGCCCGGGUGGGCGUGGCAGCAGUUGGGAACCGGCUGUAUGCUGUGGGUGGUUACGAUGGGACUUCAGACCUGGCCACCGUAGAGUCGUACGACCCUGUGACCAACACCUGGCAGCCCGAGGUGUCCAUGGGCACGAGGCGCAGCUGCCUGGGUGUGGCUGCCCUGCACGGGCUCCUGUAUGCAGCUGGUGGCUACGAUGGGGCCUCCUGCCUCAACAGUGCCGAGCGCUAUGACCCUCUGACGGGAACAUGGACAUCCAUCGCUGCCAUGAGCACCCGGAGGCGAUACGUGCGUGUGGCCAUGCUUGAUGGGAACCUGUACGCUGUGGGUGGUUACGACAGCUCCUCACACCUGGCGACUGUGGAGAAGUAUGAGCCCCAGGUAAACGCAUGGACCCCCGUGGCCUCCAUGUUGAGCCGACGGAGCUCAGCAGGGGUGGCGGUGCUGGAGGGAGCCCUCUACGUGGCCGGCGGCAAUGAUGGCACCAGCUGCCUCAACUCUGUAGAGAGAUACAGCCCGAAGGCCGGUGCCUGGGAGAGUGUGGCGCCCAUGAACAUCCGAAGGUGCGCCGGCCCCUCCCCCACAGGCCCGGAGCGUCCCCCGGGGACCCACCAGAGACUGACACAGGAGUACGCACGACCUGGUGGCCAUGGACGGCUGGCUGUACGCCGUGGGGGGCAACGAUGGCAGCUCCAGCCUCAACUCCAUCGAGAAGUACAACCCGAGGACCAACAAGUGGGUGGCCGCGUCCUGCAUGUUCACGCGGCGCAGCAGCGUGGGCGUGGCAGUGCUCGAGCUGCUCAACUUCCCGCCGCCCUCCUCGCCCACGCUGUCCGUGUCGUCCACAAGCCUCUGACCCCGGCGCGGACUGCACAGAGGCCCGGCCCCGCGGGCUCCCACAUGCCUUAAGCCCCACAGGGCGGCCCCAGCGCCUCGUGUGUCGGGGGCGGGGUGCUCGGCCCCCACCAGGAAAGUCCUGCCUCGUCUGUUCUUGUCUCUGCGUCGAGGCCGUCCAUUUCUGUGUUCAUUUCUCAGUGUUUAUGUGUGUGCCGUCUAUUUACGUACUGGUUUAUUUAUUAUUUAUUGAUCGAUGAGCAACGCAGCACCUACUAGUUUACACGUUUCCCCUUGAAAUGUCCUGUGUCUCUGGGACCAAGCUGCCUUCCCGGGUGUCCCCCUGCCCCACCGGGGGCACCAAGGAGCGAUGGGGGUGGACACUUGCGUUGCGCAUGGGUCAGAGGUGAACUCAGACUCUGUAGACCUGGAGGGACUGAGGGGGCAGGUGCAGAGCAGCAGGCCAGGGUUAGUGGGGUGGGCGUUUUCUGAGCAGGUGCAGACCCUUCCAGCCUGGGCUUUGCACACCACCCCUACCUUGCCCAGCCAGGCACACUCCCAAGAAGGGCCUGAAGCAAGCUUCCUUCUUGUGGGCAUGGUGUCUCUUCUGGAUCCUGCACUGAGCUGAGCACAAGUGUGCCACAGACCCCACACAGCAAUAUGAGCCACCUUGAACAAUAAACAUGUUUCUUGGGCUCUGUGGUCUUAAGGCUGAGUGUACAUCUCCACCCUUUGGGGUCCUAUCUGGGGUGACCAGGAGGGCCUGGGGACAAGUGUGCAGCUGGGCUGAGGCUCUGCUUUGGUAUCUGGGUGCUUUGAAGCAGCAUCAUCACAUCCAGGUGGCUCAGGGAUGUGACGUCAUGGAUGCGCAGCCAACCAGGAGUGUGGUUCACUGUCAGCCUGGUCCUGAGAGGCCCUCUUGGUCCCAUCUCAUCCCAGGCUCUGGAGAGGGGGAUGCACAGUACUAACCCUAACUCACCAUGAUGGUCCUGGGUGCAGGACCCAGUAGGUUUGUGGCUUCCUUGGACUCUGGCCUGGGGUGAGGUUUGGGCAGGGUCCUGGCUUCCCCUUCCCCAAAGUCACAAACUCCUGUUUUAGUGCCUGAGAGCAAGCACACACCCCCUUACAGACAGUGGUGACUCAGACCGAGGCAUUUAGGUGAAAACAGGAUGUGUGUUCUCCAUGGGGAGGGGUGGUACUGGGGGGAGGGAGCCCUGGCCUUAUAGAGCUCUCCAGCCCCAGGCAACCCCAGCCUGAGUGAGGGCAGGCCAAGUACUAACAAACUGGGCCUUUGAGUCUCCUCCCAUACAGAUUGGAGGCUGAGAAUGGGUACUCUUGGUUGGACCAGGGGAGAAGCCCACCCCCCCUCCCCG